AUGUCGUCCCCUGUGGUGAUGUGGCAAUCCAUCCCCAAUGCUGUCGACGUGACACCUUGGCCCAAGAAUAGAGGCCUCUUUCAACUCUUUUACUACUUUUCCAUUCUCUGCGUUGGUGAAUUACUCAUCGGCUAUGAUGGAACCAUCACGGGAAGUCUGCAAGCCCUUCCAGAGUGGAAAGCGGACUUGGGUAAUCCUGACGCAAGCAAGAUCGGUCUCUUGAACGCUGCCGCUUUCAUCGUCGGUAUCUGCAUGGGCCCUAUCAACUCCUGGGUCGUGGAUCGCUUCGGGCGCAAAUUGCCCAUUCAAUGGUUCUCUAUGACGAUGAUCGUCGGUACAAUUAUCGGCUGCAUCGCUGGAGCCAAAGGCGGUCAAACUGGUUACGCUCUGUUUGUGGCUUCACGAGCGGUCAUAGGUGCUGGUAUUCCACCAUUCUUGAUGACUGCUUUGAUCUUGAACCAAGAACUGUCUCACCCUCGAUAUCGUGCACUUUGCUCAGCUCUGUGGGAUUGCGACUUUAUCCUAGGUUCGACCAUCGCCAGUCUGGUUACUUUCGGCACUAGCCACAUCACGGGCUCUUGGUCUUGGCGAGUACCCUACAUCCUCCAGCUUCUUCCUGCGACCUACAUGCUAGUCGCUGUUCAUUUCAUGCCUGAAUCCCCUCGUUGGCUCGUGGCCAAUGGAAGGGAAGAGGAAGCUUUUGAAUUCUUUGUCAAAUACCACGGCAACGGCGAUCCCAACGACGAGCUUGUCGCUUUCGAGUGGCAGGAAGUCAAGGAGACGAUCGCUCUGGAAGAAGCCAACAGGCGCCGCAGCUGGGCUGAAGUACUCCGCAUGCCGGGCAACAAGCACCGGCUUUGUCUUGCGGCUCUUAUGACCUUUAUGCCUCAAAUGAGCGGUUCAAACAUCAUCUCAUACUACUACUCUGUUGUCCUUACACAGUCUGGCAUCUCGGGGGCCGGUAAAAUCACUGGUAUCGGUGCUGGGCUCAACAUGUGGGGCUUCGUCUGUCAGGUUGGAGGGGUGUGGGCGCUUCACUCUUGCCGUCGACGGACCAUGGUCCUCUCGGUCUGGCCCCUUCUCAUGAUUGGCAUGGCAGCUAUGGCAGCAUCUAACGGUGUCUUUCAAGUGUCAGACCAGAGUAACCAUGCUGCAGGGGUUGCAUCUGUUGUCAUGGUAUGGCUCUACAAUGGCCCUGCAAACUUUAUCUCGCCCUUGUUCUACUCGUAUCCUGCCGAGAUCUUGAGCUACUCCAUUCGGGGUAAAGGAAUGGCGGUCUGGAAUACUGUCAAUCAAGCAUGGGGCGCCUACGGUUCCUAUGUCAACUCUAUCGCCCUUGCCAAUAUAGGCUGGAAGUACUACUGUGUCUUCAUCCCGAUCCUUGCGGUGCAGUGGGUCGCAGCGUACUUCCUGAUGGUUGAGACCAGAUUACUCACUCUCGAAGAGAUCGCCAUCGCUUUCGAGGGUGCCGACGCUGCUGUGGCCGUGGUGGACGAGCGGCUUCGAGGCUCGGACGACAACAAAAGUCAACUGGCUGCUGAUGAUGAGAAGAAGAUCGUGUCUGAAGGCUCAGGCAACGUUGUCAUCAGCGAGGUGUAG